AUGACCUCCACGAACAGGAACAACAGUCAGCAUGGUCCGCACCAUCCGCCAGCUUACCACGGCGCGGACCAACCCCCUCUUUCCCUACAGACCCCGUCGGCUUCUCGGGCACAAUCGCGCAACAAUUCGUCCCACUCGUUGAGCGCGCCCACUUCAUCUGCUACAACAGAAACCCACUUGGAUCCGCAAAGCAAGCUCUCAUCCUCUGACUCGAACGAGCCUAAGAAGAAGCCUCACAAUGAUACGACUUCUUCGGCCGCGUCGCUUCACUCUUCCACCGACCACGAGGAGCAUGGGGAUCUACCUGGCCCGCUCCCGACCACCAAUGUGUUGCAGCCAUUGACAUCGCGUCUUUCUAGGGCAGACUCGCGUUCCAAGAUCCAGCAGGUCAGCGAUGGUAAGGACAAAGCUAGCAACGGCCGACCUCGUUCAGCGUCGAAUCGCUCUGUAUCUUACCUCGACGCCGCCAACAGGCCGGCCGAGUUGCAGCGUGCGUCUUCGCGCGUAUCUUCCGUGCAUCGAUGUGUCGAUCCUCACUAUCCAGCUUCUGCACUCGCCCUCACCCUCACAAAGUCGGAGGAUCCGGACGCAGUGUACAUCGACUGGGCUGCCGACGACCCAGAGAACCCUUUCAAUUGGCCAAAAUCUAGAAGAUGGCUCCUCGUCUCUGUAUGCUUCCUCUUCACAGCCUGCACCGCUUUCAACGGUUGCGGCUACCCGUCUGCCUCGUACCAAGCCUCGCUCGAUCUGGGCACCACGCAGCUCGUCUAUCUCGUCGGCAACACGGUCUUCCUCUUUGCUGUCGCCAUCACGCCCCUCAUCCUUGCGCCGCUCAGCGAGGUAUACGGACGAAGCCCCAUCUACCUCACUGCGGUCUUCUUCUUCACCGUGCUCUACAUUCCCCAGGCGCUCGCAAAGAACAUCACCACCAUCAUCGUGGUAAGAUGGUUCCAGGGUAUGGCGGCUUCGGUCGGCAACUCUCUGGUCGCCGGGAGUGUCUCGGACGUCUUUCAUGCCAACGAACGAGGCUUCCCCAUGUCGCUCUACUCUAUCGCGGUCUACAUGGCGCAAGGUAUCUCACCGUACAUCUCCUCGGUUACCGUCAACCGAGCAGGCUGGCGCAUCAUGUUUUGGUGGCAAGGUGGCCUCGCGCUUCUGACCUACGCUCUCAUGUUCCUCAUUCUUAAAGAGACGAGAGGACCGGUCCUGCUCUCCAGACGCGCCAAGAAGCUCACCAAGGAGACCGGUCGUCUUCACAAGUGCAGAGCCGACGACGAGAGGCAGUCGUUCUUCGUCAUGGUCAAAAUCUCGCUCGUUCGGCCCAUGCAGUAUCUCCUUUUCGAACCAAUCGUCACCAGCUUUGCCCUCUGGAUCGGCUUCCUGUGGGGCAUCAUCUUCAUCUCUCUCGAGGCCAUUCCCAUCGUCUUUGCCACUUACGGCUGGAACUCGGAACAGCAGCACAUGGCUCUGCUCACCAUUGCUGUCGGUGGUCUGAUCGGCUACGUUGCCAAUUUCCACCAAGAGAAGCUGUAUGCAGCCACAGCUCGCAAGCACGGCGGUAAGCCUCCUCCGGAAGCUCGUCUCUACUACGCCUCUGCCGGUGCCAUCCUCGCUCCCGUCGGUCUCUUCAUCUUUGCAUGGACUGGCCGAUCCGGCAUCUCUCCCGCCGCGCCCAUCAUUGGUUUGAUUGUCUUCAACGCCGGUCUUUUUCCUGUGUAUCAGGCAGUUUUUAGCUAUCUUGCGGAUUGUUACGAACGAUAUGCUUCGUCUUCGCUGGCUGCCCAGAGCUUCUUGCGUAACUGUUUUGCCUCGACCUUCCCUCUAUUUUCGCAGCAGAUGUACACUCAACUCACUCCCAAGUACGCAUCUACGCUGUUGGCGUGCAUCGCCGCUCUGCUUGGUGUCGUGCCAUUCGUGCUGCUCAGAUACGGCGAACGUAUCAGGAAACAUAGUCGAGCAGCGAUGGCGUUGGAGGCGGAAGAACAGGAGGCGGCGAAAUUCUACGCGCACGAAGAGGAAAAGCAGCAACGACGCGCUGCGAGAAGGGCUGUACGUGCCGCUCGUCAAGCCGCUUCGGGUGGAGACAACCAGCCUGUCGACGAGGAAAAGAUGAUUGACCACGACGAUUCGAUCGAGAGAGAGAAGCAGGCUGCGCAGGACGUGGAUCGCCGCACGGACGAUCAAGGCACGAUCAGCUCCGGCAGCGAAACUCCCGCAGGUUGGGACGCAACCGAUACCCAUCCACAAGACUGUUCCGACUGCAACAAUCCGAAGCGCAUGCCUCCCACCAGCAUCUUAUGA